ACAGCCCUUCACAUCAUUCUUUUAGAAUGAAUCGUCAGCUCCAUUUGCUAGACAAUCCUACCUUUCACUUUGUGGGAAAGUUUUCAUUUUAGUUCAUUGUUCAGAUUUGCAGCGGUGAUAUUCAUGCCGGCUGGCGUGGCAGUGAUUCCUAGUAACAAACUGGUAGAAUUGGGCUUUCGAGGUGUUCUAAAUGGUUUGGUGCUUUGCUCUUAUAGUGCCGACAAUAGAAGGCGAUAAGAAGACAGGAAAGACUGUUGGAUAUGUGUACUAUGGAGCAACUCUUGCUUGGAUUUUCAGUCUCUCUGACAGCUGCAGGACAGGGGUUGCAGAGGCCAUCAAGGAACUGAAGUCAUUAGGCAUUAGAGCUGCUAUGCUUACAGGAGAUAGUGAAGCGGCUGCUAUGUAUGUACAAGAACAGCUAGAUCAUGCGCUUGAAGUAGUUCAUGCAGAACUCCUACCUGAAGGCAAGGCUACGAUUAUCAAAGAACUUAAGAAGGAAGGGCCAACAGCAAUGACUGGAGAUGGCCUGAAUGAUGCCCCUGCAUUAGCUAUCGCUGAUAUUGGCAUUUCAAUGGGAAUUUCAGGCUCGGCACUUGCAAUAGAUACAGGACAUUUGAUUCUUAUGCCCAAUGAUUUUAGAAAAGUCCCGAAAACAGCCAUCCGGCUUGCUCGCAAAGCUCAUAGGAAAGUUACUGAGAAUGUGAUUAUGUCCAUGUCCACAAAGUCUGCUAUCCUUGCCUUGGCUUUUGCUGGUCACCCACUUGUUCGGGCAGCUGUUCUUGCCGAUGUGAGUACAUGUUUGUUGGUGAUUUUCAACAGCAUGCUGCUUUUACGAGGGACACAACAUCUUGCUGGAAAAUGCAAUAAAACAUCAGGUGCAUUGCGUUCACAUAAACAUGGUAAUAAGAAUUCAUCGCAUAAUAAUCACAGUGACUGUUGCUCUAUCAAAAAAGUCGAGAAGGUGCAAUGUGGGAGUCAAAAAUGUUGUUCUAGCCAGAGAGUUGAGAAAGUUGUGCCUCUGGUGGUUGCUCUAACGUGAAAGUUGAGAAGGUGCAGGGUGGAGCUCAAAAUUCAAGCUGUUCCUCAGGGUGUUGCUCUAUCCCUUAAAGUUGAGAAGGUGCCAAGUGGAGCUCAAAAUUAAAUCUGCACCUCAGGGUUUUGCUCUAUCCCUAAAGUUGAGAAGGUGCCAAUUGGAGCUCAAAAUUAAAUCUGCACCUCAGGGUGUUGCUCUAUGAAGA